AUGGAGGUGAACAGAAGCCAGAUAACUGAGUUUGCUCUCAGAGGAAUAACAGAUCGUACAGAGCUGCAAGUCCCUCUGUUCCUCGUGUUCUUCAUCAUCUAUGUCACCACCAUGGUGGGCAACCUUGGCUUAAUCUUACUCAUCUGGAAGGAUUCCCAUCUUCACACUCCCAUGUACUAUUUCCUUGGAAGUUUAGCCUUUGCUGAUGCCUGCACUUCAUCCUCAGUGACUCCCAGGAUGCUUGUCAACAUCUUAGACAAUGGUAAAAUGAUUUCCCUCUUUGAAUGCAUGGCCCAAUAUUAUGUUUUUGGAUCCAGUGCAACCACAGAAUGCUUCCUCCUGGUAGCCAUGGCCUACGACCGCUAUGUAGCCAUAUGCAACCCUCUGCUCUAUCUUGUGGUGAUGUCCAACAGAGUGUGCACUUGCCUCAUAAGUGGUUCAUAUAUAAUCGGUUUUCUGCAUCCACUUGUUCAUGUAGGAUUAUUAUUUAGAUUAACCUUUUGCAAGUCCAAUGUAAUAGAUCACUUUUACUGUGAGAUUCUGCCUCUCUAUACAAUUUCUUGCACUGACCCAUCUGUUAAUGCAUUCGUGGUUUUUAUUUUUUCUGCCGUGAUACAAGCCAUUACCUUCAUGAGUAUUGCAGUCUCCUAUGCCCAUGUCCUCUUUUCCAUCCUGAAAACAAAGUCUCAGAAGAGCAGAAGAAAAGCCUUCUCCACCUGCAGUGCCCACCUGCUCUCUGUCUCUUUGUUCUAUGGAACUCUCUUCUUCAUGUACGUGAGCCCUGGGUCUGGACCAAGUAAAUAUAAGAAUAAAAUGUAUUCUCUGUUUUACACCAUUGUGAUUCCUCUGCUAAACCCCUUCAUUUACAGCUUAAGAAACAAGGAAGUUUUAGGUGCUCUGAGAAAAAUCAUAAAGUCAUAA